AUGAUUCUUUCCUUCAACUUCUUUUAUACCCCUCUAAUUGGUUUGUUUUUUGGAGGACAAACUGUGCGCUAUCUUCUUGGCAUUUUUCUGUAACAAAGUCCGACUCAUAUCGUUUUGAGGAUAAAUGGCUAUUUAUUGACGUUGCCAGCAAGCAUAACAUACCAGUGAGCCCUGUUUUUUCAAAAAUCCACAGCAUUGUUUGUAAAGAUCGAAAUGAAGAGGGAGGUAUGGGUAUACAAUUUUUUGAUAACGUGACGAAUGGUGGGAAAUGGAUUAUACAAAAAAGGUUGCAUAACAGCAAAUUCAUGUCAAGUCUACUGCCCAAGACGGCGCCUCUUUCCACGUUUCGAGUGGUCACCAUUUCCGAGUAUUCGCUCCCUAACAUUUCUUCUGACGAAGCUGUGAGGCCUAUUUCGUGCGUACUGAGAGCCGGGCAUGCAUACAGCUCCACGGACCACGAAUGCACCAUGUUCAACGUGGACUUAUCCACUGGGAUCUUGGGAUGCGGAAGUAGCAACGCAUCUUGGUAUAAAGUGAACAACUACCAGCACUGCCUGGCUUCUCUUCUGCAGACAACCAAACAGUUGUUCUCUGGAGCUCAGGAGGGCGAGAUACAGACCCAUCCAGACACCGGCCGGCAAAUAGCUGGAGUGCGAGUUGAAAACAUUGCAGACAUCAAGGCGCUCUGUGUUUCUGCUCACAACACACUGCUCAGCGACGUACCCAUUGUGGGCUGGGACGUGGCCGAUACCACGGAGGGGCUCUUUCUGCUGGAAGCCAACUUAAGUUGUAACUUCUUCCACGGCACUUUUGACCAAAACGAGUAUUAUAGUUUUCUAGAAAGACAAAUUAUCUUCCUGGAAAGCCGUGAUAAAGUGUAA